AGCAGCACACAGCACCUCUGCAGAUUACUGUAUUAUAACCAAGAUGACUUCCUGGCUCUCAGUCACGGUCGCUCUGCUGUGUGUCUGCGCCAGGAACGUCCCUUGCACCGGCACCCAACCUUUCUGGUCUCGGACCAACAUCCAGAGCGUCGUCCGGGAUCCCCAAACAGGACGGGUGUACGUAGGGGCGACGAACAACCUCUACCAGCUCGGCCCAAACUUGGCGCUGGAACAGAGGGUUGUCACCGGUCCUAAACUGGACAACGUCCAGUGUUCUCCGCCGAUAACCGAAUCAUGCAGCGAUGUCAAACAGAAAGAAAACGAAAACCGUCUGCUGCUGGUCUAUCCCGGCCGGGGCGCCCUCAUCGCCUGCGGCAGUGUGUACCGAGGCGUGUGCUCACUGCUGAACCUGACGGACAUCUCACACACCUUCUACUACAGCGAGAUCGGCGGAAAGAAGACCUGGGUGGCGCGCGGGUUCUACUCGAUUACGGGACUUGUGUCGAGCGUGCGCCUCAAGAGAAGGAGCCCUCCGCUGGACGUCCUGCUCGUCGCCAAGAACUUCGCCUCCCUCGACGGCACCGACUUCCUGUCCGUGCGCGGGCUGCGGGGCGAGGGCGGGAAACGUGUGGUCUUCGAGAGUGUCGCCGAGCUGCCGUUCGCUAGUGUCUCCACCAUGCAGGACUACAGCCACGAGUUCUAUCAAAUGUUCCAGGAUGGCGAGUACGUGUACAUAGUGUUCACUCGCUUGGCCGGUAGCAAAGACUCCAAGGGCCUGACCUUCGUGGCGCGCUUCUGCACCGACGACAUCUACUUCUACUCGUACCUGGAGCUGCCGCUCACCUGUGGCGGCGAAGACAUGGUGUGGGCCGCCAACGUGGCCUCAGCCGGACCCGCGCUGGCCCGACACCUGAGCGAGUCGGGGGAGCACGGCAGCACCGACCCGGCGGAUAAGGUCCUGUUUGGGGUGUUUGGGCCUGAGCUGGGGCCGGCCAGGCUCUGUCUGUACCCGCUGGGAAGCAUCAACCGCGCCUUUGAGGAGAUCAGAAACACAUGUUACGUGCACGAGGGGAUGGCGGCGGGGAAGGAGGUGGUCUACCAGCCGUACAGCAGCAGACAGGAGAACCCGUGUCGAUCCAAGAGCCUUCAGACUGGCAUGGCGGUCACCUACCCAUGUGGGGAUGCUUCUCUUCCUGACCAGCUGGCCGGAAGGAGGGAGCUGGCCCUCCACAGCCAAUCAGUGUUCACCUGGACAGAUAUUGUGAGAGCGGUGGCCGUUGUCACGGAGACCAGACAUACGGUGGUGUUUCUCGGCACCACGGCCGGAGAGGUUCUUAAAGUUCAUAUAUCCAACAGUGCUGUGCUGUAUGACACGAUCGCUGCAGAUAACACCAGGUCAGGGAUAAACCAAAAUAUAUUCUUUGACAAGAACCACAGCAACGUUUAUGUCACGUCAUAUAAAAUGAUCCGUAAGGUUCCGGUCCAAUCCUGCCACCUACUGGCGGACUGCCAGUCCUGCAUGUCUCUGAGGGACCCCUACUGUGGCUGGUGUGUGCUGGAGGGCAGGUGCAGCACAGAAGGGGAUUGUGGGAAGGCGGAGGAGAAGAACAUGUGGCUGUGGAGCCCAGACCAGCAGUGUGUGACCAUCCAGACUUUCAAGCCUCCCUUCUUAAGCUGCCUUGCGCAGUCUCAGAUGGUGGAGAUGGACAUACCUCUACUGCCCGCACUAAAGCCUGGCGAGAAGCUGGAAUGUGAGUUUGGAUCAUUUCACAGUUCCGCUCAGACUCAAGGGACACGAGUGACCUGUUCACUACCUGAGCCCACACUCAUCGGGUGGAAGCCACAGAAUCAAGACUAUGUGGUGGUUCCUGUGAAGAUCAGGGUUACUGGUGGAGUGGAGCUGGUUACAGGAGAGUUCAGAUUCUACAGCUGUGCUGCAGUGGUGGGGAGUGAGGAGAGCAGACCGUGUAUGACGUGUGUGAUGAGUGACUGGGGCUGCCAGUGGGACACAGACACCCAGGCCUGCAGUGACAUAGAUCAGACAGCAGAGGGGGCUCACAUCAUAAAACACCGACAGACAGAGAAGUGUCCCAUCUUUGAAAGCCCAACACCUGCACUCAUUUCUGUGGGGGUCAAAACACCUGUAUCUUUUGUGGGGAGAAAUCUAAAAACAGGAAAGCACUACAAGAUUGGUACUAAACUUGUUAAACAGUUUGAGGAUGAUGUCGCACAUGAGACUGGGUCAAAGUUCAACUUUAGAGGCUUUAAGUUCAUCUUCGACGAAGCCCAGGAAGUGAACGUGUCACUCCACGUCACUGACCCGGACUCUGGGAAAAGGAUUGACAGCACUGUCACUGUCCUGCUGUAUAACUGCUCAGUGGAGAGGGAUGACUGCAGUGUGUGCCAGAGUGCGGAGGCGAAGUACAGGUGUGUGUGGUGCAGCGCCAGCCAGACGUGUGUGCACCGGGAUCUGUGUACGGAGGUGCAGGACGUGUGCGCCACCCCUACUAUUACUGAUGUCAGCCCUCGGUCGGGUCCCAUGGAGGGCCUGAUCUCCAUCACCAUCCGCGGUCACAACCUGGGCGUGACAGCGCAGGACAUCCACAGCAUCACUGUAGCCAAGAUCCCCUGCAUCCAUCAGCCACAUAGAUACUCCCCAUCUGUAAGAGUGGUGUGUGAGAUUGGUCCAGUACAGAGGCCCUCCGGUGACUCCUCUCCUCUGCCUGGACCUGUGGUGCUGGAGCUCAGGGGGGGUCGGAAAGCCCGGUCCAGCCUGCUGUUCACCUAUCAGGACCCUCAGCCAGAGAGUUUCACCCCAACGAGCAGCUUAUUCAAUGGGGGAAGGGUCCUCACCGUCAGCGGCUCUCGGCUGGACACUGGCAGCAAAGAGGACGUCAGGGUCCUGGUGGGAGAACAUCCCUGCCAAAUACUGUCUGUGGGACCCCAAAUCACCUGUAAGAUGCCUGCCAUGAACACAUGCUGGACAUGCAACGUCACAGUGAAAUAUGGGAAAAACACAACAAAGGAAUUGCCCGGAAUCUUCAGCUACACACCACCUUUUCUACUGGGCCACACCCCUGAGCAAAGUUUUGCAUGUGGCGGGCGAGUUAUCUCAUUUCGCGGGUUCUUAUCUAUGGUGGAGAAAGCCUCAAUUACAGCGGCGCCACCUGCUGGAGACACAGGAGCUGACCAGCUGAAGGAGGAGGAGGCGUUUUCUAAAAGCCCUGUGAUGCUUCAGUUCCGCUCCCCUGAUGUGAGAGGAGUGCACAACCUUCGCCUCAUCAACGUCUUCCUCCAUCUUGACGGCUUAAAUAAGAGUCUCACUCCCUUCACCUACCACCCUGACCCAGAGUUCAACGCUCUCAGUCCAAACCCCAUCUCAGCCUCCAACACUGUUACUGUCACCGGACGAGGGUUCUCCAAGGCUAUGACAGCGGAGGAGGCAGAAGCUUUCAUUGGCAACAUUCCCUGUCACAUCAUCUCCCUCCAAGAUGAUAGGCUUGUCCUACAGGUCCCGCCCACUGUGAUAGAGAAAAGACAGAGCGGAGAGAUGGAGUCCACCCUGGAAGUGAAGAUUAAGUUUGGUUAUGGGGAGUGGAUGGUACGGGAGCCUGAGAGGAGGAGUGUGGUGGUUCCGGUCGCUGUCGCCAUCUCCAUCCUCCUCCCCCUCCUGCUGCUCGUCUCUCUGUCUGUAUAUUUCUACAUGUACGGAGCCACAGCCAUUCACUAUACCAUCAGCUUAACAUUCAUCUUCCUCAGAUGGGAUGUACAAUGA